CUUCUAACACCAUAAAUGAAUAUUUUUACAAGGUAAUUUAAUACUUGAAAAUGUUGAACACAUUCUUAGUAAGAAACUGUAUAGAAGUGCUGUUUUAGCGACAAGAUGCAAUAUUCGGAAUAAUCUUAUUUUGCGAUGGAAUGGUAUUGAAUCAAAAAGCACCAAGAUAGCUAAAGAAGAACAAAAAACUACAGAAUCCAAACCAAAUCGUCCCAAUGUACCACAAUUAGCAAGAGACGUUUUCAUAGCAGCUCAUGUAACUACAGGCCAAGCUAGAGUAGCGGCAAUAUGUAGCAAAGGCAAAGUCUUACAUGUUAGUGAAACUUCGAUUAAAGUGUACCAAGUUGGAACUUUUAAUGAGAUGUCUUCGGAAAAUGUUUGGACCAAUUUGAUAAAAUGUAUAAAAGCAGUAACUACAAAGUUAGAGCCAACAGAUCACAUAAAAGGCAUUGGAUUUAUUUCCGUAGCAGGAUUAGUUUGUUUGGAUGAAAAAGGACAGCCUGUAACUGCUAGUACCAGCAAUGAUCCAAACAUUAAUAUAAUUCUUCACUAUGAUCCUAGAUCGAAAUUGGAAGCUAGAACUAUUUAUAAAACUCACCAUGAACGUCUUAGGUAUAGAGGUGAAAGACUCCAGCCUGACAUGCAUGAAUCAAUGUUAAUGUGGCUGAAGAAUAAUUUGAAAGAGAACUGUUGGGAUAAAGUUGGACAUUUUAUGGAUGUGACUGAUUUUUUAACUUGGAAAGCUACGGGAUCUUUAGUGAGGUCGUCAUGUUGUUUGUCUGCAAAAUGGAGCUACGUAACUAGUUUAAGUGGUGUACCUAGCUGGGACGCACAAUUUUUCAAAGAAAUCGGCAUUCCAGAGGUGGCAGAGAAUGACUUUAGAAAAAUUGGUUCUGAAGUUCAAACGCCUGGUAAACCUCUGGCCGAUGGUCUCUUGGAAGCAGUAGCUAAAGAAAUGAAGCUUCCACCAAAAUUACCUGUAGCCACGGGAAUGACAGAACCCUACGCCGGAUGUUUGGGCCUAAUUGGUUGUCAAAUUCCAGACAAUAUAGCCGAAGAUUUUACUAGCAGAACAUGUAUUAUUGUCGGCCUUACUAGCGCCUCGCACUUCAUAUUUUCCCGAGAACCCCGAUUCGUUAAAGGCACAAGAGGACCUUUCCGGGAUAGCGUGCUACCCAACAUGUGGUUGAACCAUGCUGAGCAGACCACCGCUGAGAGCAUCCUUCAGUUUAUCAUCGACUCACAUCCGGCCACCACCGUUAUUAAAAAGCAGAUCGCAGAAAUGCAUAUUCACAAAUAUUUAAACAAAAUCUUGAAAUCCAUGGCCCAGAAAAGCAAGCAGAAGGACAGGGCAUUUCUUAGCAAGCAUCUCCAUAUAUCGCCAGAUUAUGAUGGAAAUAGGUGUCCCUUGGGAGAUCCUCGGAUACGAGGAAUGUUCUCUGGAUUAACGUUUUCCCGUAGCCAAGAAUCUUUGGCCCUGAUAUAUUUGGCCGCGAUGCAGUCAGUAGCGUACAGCUCUAGACACAUUUCAAGUAAUUUCACUCAAUUUGGACAUGAUGCACGUUGUAUUUUGAUUGGCGGCAAUCUUGGAAAAAAUUCUGUUUUUGCUCAGCUUCAUAAGGAUAUCUGUCAACUACCGAUAGUGAUUCCUGAAGAGCCAAGGUGUAUGCUUUUGGGAGCAGCUAUCUUAGCUGGUGUUGCAUCUAAUUAUUUUCACAACUUCAAACAUGCAAUGCAAGAAAUGUGCGGCCUCGGAAAAUUGGUACUUCCCGAUAAAGACACAGAAGUUGUAAAGUACCACGAUAAAAAGUACGAAGUGUUUUUGAAAAUGUACGACCAUCAAAUGGAAUAUCGACGGAUUAUGGGGGACGACGUUGAAGGAUAAUUAAUAUAUUUAAUAA